UGGUAAUACUAGAGCAGUCUAUAACCGGCAAUCAAACAAACUCUAUGCAAUUUUUGAGAUUGUCUGUAAUUUUUAUCUUCCUUAUUGUUAAUUCAAAGCAAUGUCUUUGUUCCGAACACGCGAAUGGUGGAGAAUCGAGUGCAGUGGCGGUGAAGAAGUCUUCGACGGCCAGAGUCUUCUCGUAGUUCCGCUGUUUGGUGACGAUAGGAAGGAUAUUAUUGUCGUGUCAAGUCACAGUGGAUUUUUAAGAUUGUACAGUCCGUCUUCUAAAUGGGAUGAAGAGAAAAUAAACCCUACGGGGUAUCAAUUGACGGAUUUGAUAAUUGAGUCGCGAAUAGCCGACUGUAUUAUUGAUGUCAAGGCUGGAAGAUUUGUUUCGGGUUCUCAGGAUCUACGACUGGGUAUUCUGACACCCAGCAAGCUUCUCGUUUAUGCUGUUACAUUUACCCCUGGAUCAACUGAGCAUGGUGAUCGAUGCAUCCUGGAAGUAGUUUACUCCCAUGAAUUGCCCCGUUUUCCGGCAUCUCUGACAGCCGGUGCUUUUGGCGGUGCUCGCGGCCGAGAUUUUUUCAGCGUCCAGUGCCUCGACGGGACUAUGCUUUUCUAUGAACAGGAAACACACACGUUUCAGCAAGUACUGAAAGACCGUUUGUUGCCUGAGCAAGUUGCAUAUGUACCGAGGAAUGAUGUUUUUAUAACUUCGAGUCCUGGCUGGAUACUUGAAUGCUACAGGUAUCAAAAUAUGGCAGAGUUCAGUAGAAGGAAAGAAGAACGAAAACAUCUGAUAGAGACAGAUAAAAAGGAUAAUGAUAGUGAUAAGUGGCUUGAACCCGACUGGACUUAUAAUCUUGGAGAGGCGAUACUUGGGAUCCAGACUGUCACUUUAAGUAGUUUUGAGGUCGGAAUUAUUGUCCUCGGUGAGAGAAAUCUCUACUGCUUCCGUGACAAUUGUACAGCCGUUAAAUAUACCAAGAAACUUGAUUACUGUCCCGUCUGUUUUCAUGCUUAUGUAAUUGAACCAGACGGUAAACUGAUGGUUCUUGUCGUCGCCGACACGGACACCCUGCUGGUUUACGAGGGCGCAACACUCAAGUGGUCCGCGCAAUUGCCUUUCACACCUGUCGCAAUUGUACGCGCACAGUUUCAGAAUUUAGAAGGAGUAAUUGUGAUUUUAUCUGAAGAAGGACGGCUCGAAGCUUGCUACCUUGGCGCCGAGCCGUCUCUAUUUGUUGCCCCGCCGAUCAAUUCAAGAAAAUUCGACAUCAAAGCUGCUCAGCAAGAGCUUUUAGAACUAAGAAAGCUUUCUAAAAAAACUGCGGCAGAUAAAAUGACAAAGGCGGUAAUGGAGUCUGAAAUAGUUAUAAAAACAACAACAGAAGUGUCGAAAGAUCCUCCUUAUGAUACAAAUCCAGAAAAUGCCGACUCGUAUGCAUUCACAUCGCCGAGUUGCAAAAUGAACAUUGAAUUGUCUUCAUACUCGAUAAUAAGAGAUGUUGAAGUUAAUCUGUCCGUACUGAAGCCUUUGGUAGUUACUGAAGAUUAUUAUUCAUUCCCCAGCUUACGAGAUCGGCAACAAAUUCAAGUAAGAGUAGAGGUUAUCGGGACCGAGACAAUAUUGUCCUCGGAAUUGCGUCUUACGAUGUCUUACGAAACGGAAAAAGGUGAUUUAAAAGUUGUAGAUAAAAUAAUUCAAUUGCCACUGAGGAUUCUUCUUCGAGUUUGUUCACCGGAAAGCACCGCAGCUUUUACAACGACUUUUAAGACUUCGAGUUCUUUGGUUAAUUUUAGUCAACUAUUUCCAGAAUUAUUGAUCGACUACUCGCAAAAACAAUCAUCCUCAUCAUCAAACGCUCUGGGGUUGCGUCACAUAAAUUCAGGGCACGUUGUGACAAUAGUAUUAGGCACGAGUACAAACCGAUACCGCGUACAAUCGAACGAUGCACUCGCGAUGACCCUGAUAGUCCAGCAGCUGUUGACCAGACUGUGCUCCCGAUUGAAUACCAAUUCCGCUGGUAGCGUCGUCGCAAACAUCACUCAGAAUCAUCUGCAGCUGGUCCAGGGGAAUAUUGAGGCCCACUUUAAGACCCGUCAACAAGUUCAACUCAUCUUGAGCGAGCUAGCAUUGAUGACCAGCCAGCUGAGGAAUAUUGAAAAAAGAGUGCUCCAGAGCAUGCGGGAAAAAAACUCACGAUCUUUGGCGUCCUCUGGCCUCUCUAUUCUCCUAGAAUCGACCUACCAAUUGCUGCUAGAACAAUUGGAUAAACUUGAUUCAGCGCAGAUGGAACUUCAACACGCUGCACAUAAAUUGCACGGCAGUUUGAAGCUAGUGCUGAUGUUGAUCAAAUCCAAUGUACAGGAAGAUAAAUACAGGCUCAUUGAAUCAGCAAUUGGCUUUGAACCGCAACCACGCGACAAUAUUGACUGGGAAGAAAUAGCUGACGUAACAUUAGCAGCACUGCUGCGGGGAAUUUCAAAAAAAUCCGAGCAUGAAUCAUCAGUGAAACAACUGAGCUGGAACGAAUUCAAAACAACGCGUGAUUUAACAAAACUGAAGAAACGAAUUGUCCACGCUGUUGACCGGUUCAACAAACCAUCUGAUAACGCUGUCCUCCAGGAGGAUGAAUAGCUUUCUUAGAUUUUAUUGGUAAUUUAUGCGUAAAUUAGCUUUGUGUACAGUUAUUGUCAUGUUCCAUGUUAAAUACUUUAUUCUCUCAUUGGCUAUUAAAUAAAAUUUAUAUAUGCAUGGAUAAUACGCCUGUGAUGUAUGUUCUUUUAUAUUUACACGACCUAGAUAAUUAGCAGUAUAUCAACAAAGAAACCUAUUCAAAAAUAAAUAAAUAUCAGUUGAAAUAAUAA